UUUGCUUUUAUUUUUUUUUGUUUUCCGCUGUUUUAAAUUUCUACCAAAUUUUUUCUUGAGGGCUUCUUCUUCUUCUCCUCCUUCAUCGUCUUCUUCUAGAGCUAAAACCCAAUAGAACCCUAAUUCCCCAUCUAUCUCUCUCUAAGCUUAUCCCUUUUUCUCUCUCUCUAUACACGCGGAUCAAAUUCAAAGUCCCGUUUGAGCUCUAACAGCCGCCGAAUCGGUUCUGAUUUCUUUCCGCGCUCCGGCGGGAUUCGGAUCUGGAUUUUUCGUGUGUGUUUCGUGAGCUGAUUUGUGGAAUUUCUCGUUUUUUCUCGCGGUGGUUUAAACUGUGUGAUUUUCUCGGGGGAAAAUAGAAAAGGAAAUUUUCUGGGUUCCAUCGAGAUUCGAAUUUUCGUUAGAUGGAUGAGGGCGGUGGAGGAGGCGAAUUCCCGCCAAAAAAGGACGGUGUUGAAGAGUCUAGUUUUCCGGCGAAGACGCCAGCGAGGCAACUCGACUUCACUGGUGGCUCCGAUGAACAUUCAGUGUCUAAACCGGCUCCUACCGUCUUCGCUACGGCGGCAAAUACCAUCGCCACUCCCUCUGUUCCUUCACCAGCUGCGAUAACGACGCCGACGACGACUCGUCCUCCUCCUCCGGCGGUGGGAAUCGGUCAAGUACGACCGACGUUACCGGUGGCGACGCCAAAUCCGCCGCCACAAUCACAAAUCCUUAACGCUUCAAUCAGGCUUCCAAAGCCCGAGUCUCCAAAAUCUAGACCAAGGCCAAUAGUGGAAGCUAGAGAUGGAACCCCUCAAAAGAAGAAACAGUGUAACUGCAAACACUCACGCUGCUUGAAGCUGUAUUGUGAAUGCUUUGCAUCCGGAACAUAUUGUGAUGGUUGUAACUGUGUCAAUUGUUUCAACAAUGUUGAAAAUGAACCUGCAAGACGAGAAGCUGUUGAAGCAACUCUGGAGCGGAAUCCAAAUGCGUUCAGGCCGAAAAUUGCUAGCAGUCCGCAUGGUGUACGGGAUAAAAGGGAGGAGAUUGGCGAAGUUGUGUUGUUAGGGAAACAUAACAAAGGAUGUCACUGCAAGAAAUCUGGAUGCCUUAAGAAGUAUUGUGAGUGCUUUCAAGCAAACAUUCUUUGUUCCGAGAAUUGUAAAUGCUUGGAUUGCAAAAACUUUGACGGAAGUGAAGAGAGACAAGCUCUGUUUCAUGGGGAACAUGCCAACAACAUGGCUUAUCUCCAACAACAAGCAAAUGCAGCCAUUACCGGAGCUGUAGGUUCCUCUGGCUUUGCUCCUGCUCCAGCACCUAAGAGACGGAAAGGUCAAGAUAUUGUGUUCAACCAAGCAACCAAAGAUUCAUCUACGCAUCGACUUGGACAGUUUCAACAGGCAAAUAGUGGAAGAACUAGUGGCCCAACCUCAGGCACAUCUCCGUCACCUGUUUCUCGUGCUGGUGGCAAUGUUCCAUCGAAGUUUGUAUAUAGGUCCCUCUUAGCAGAUAUAAUCCAACCGCAGGAUGUGAAAGCGCUUUGCUCUGUUUUGGUCGCUGUAGCUGGAGAAGCAGCAAAGACAUUUACAGAUCAAAGGAAUGAAACAGAAAGUCGGGUGAAAGAUCAAACAGAAACUUCUUUAGCUACUUCUGCACAAGAUCAACCCCAAGGCAAUAAAGAUGCAGCUGAUGUGGAGAUGGUUGCAGCUGAUGAAAAUCAAGCUGAUAAGUCAGUCACAGAGGAUCCCAGUUCAAAUGGCGCCGAUCCCUCCAAAGCAAAGCCGCUAUCUCCUGCAACUCUGGCUUUGAUGUGUGAUGAACAGGACACUAUCUUCAUGGUUGCAGCAGCUUCACCUAAUGGUUCAGUGGACCCCGGUGGCUGCGGAACAAACUCACAGGGCCAAUCAGAGGUUUACGCAGAGCAGGAGAGAGUGGUAUUAACCAAAUUCAGAGAUUGCCUUAGCCGGCUUAUCUCCUACGCAGAAUUAAAAGAAUCAAAGUGUUCAUCUUUAGCAAGAAGGCAUGUACAGUCACCUGCAGCAACCACGACCACAACCGUGACUGUGAAAACCGAGAAUGGGAUUCAGCAAAUACCACCGGUUAUGAAUGGAGCUUCACGAACCACUACUCAACCUACAAUCAACAAACCGCAGCCUUUGCAGCUGACGACGGCAACAAAUACCUCAAACCCUCAUCAUCUUCAUAAACCUCCACCUUUAUCAGAGAAGAAAGACAUCUGAAUCAGAGGACCGUGUCUAUGUUAUGAUUUAGAAACAUUGGCCUAGGGCCUAAUUUUAAUAAAAUACUCUUAAAUUUUAUUUUUUACAAAAUAUUUUACACUAUAAUUUGAAGCUCACAUUUAUAUCUUUGAAGUUUAAAAGAGAGGUUUUUAGAAAAAUA